ACGAUGCCGAAACAGCUCGCGUCUCUCGCAAUUCCUGCAAUUUGCAGGAAUCAGCGCCAUUACUACGGACUCUGGCUGGCCGGUUUUUUUUUCCACGCAUCCGGCUGUUUCUAUGUACAUUUUGUAGACGGGACAGAGUUCCGUUACUCGGAACCGGUCACCAAGUUCGUGUGCGACGUUCACUACAUAGUGUUGGUAAUCAGCAACCUCGUUUGCUUAUUACACGCGCUGAGGCUCGGAAAGUUGAUCGUAUUUUUGGCGAGUUUUGACAUUUGCAGAGGUUCCCCGAAGAUCAAGUUCCGCAAGGCGUUGGGGACGCUACUUUCUGUCGGAUUGCUAUUUGCUGUCGAUUAUCUCACGACCUCCGAGAAACAACGUACCCGUAUCUACAUGCAGGCGGUCAUCCGGGAUGGCGAAUAUUUCACGCAUGCCACAUCCGGGGCGAUUAUAGGCGUUUACAUGCGCGCGAUCAAGGCCUGCUUCGCAACAAUUGCGGCAAAUCUGAAGCUAGUCGUCGGGCAAACGUCAACGGGCGGUGCGACGCACAAAAUAAAACUGAUACGCAAGCAGCAUUUCAAGCUUUGCGAUUUGCUGGACCGUUUCAACUCGACCUUCGGCGUCUACGCGUUUUCCCACGUGGUUUGCCAAACCGCCACCAUAUUUCUGCACCUCACCGUGCUCGUAGGGUUCGCCCUGAUCGGCGUUAACCUCGAUCCUUGCGCACCGGCGGUCGACGGACUGGUCAGCUUCGCAUGGAUAAUAACUUCGUGGUUUCAGGCGACCAUUUUGGCUGGCAUCGGACAUGGAAUCCAGAAAGAAAACGUCGACAUUCUUGCGAUCUGCCACAAGUUGUCCGCCGAAAUUUCCAAAAUGCCGAGCACCGACCGCAAGAGGGCGCUUAAACAAGAGACUCAGAUUUUCGUUCAACAGAUAAGCUGCAGGGACGCCAGCAUCUCUACGGGUGGUAUUUUCGUGGUCAAUUACAAGAUACUGGGGUCUAUACUAUCCAUCGUAACUACUUACAUGGUGGUCUGUAUUCAGUUUAUGCUGAGAAACGCCGCAGUUUCCGGAAAUAAUUCGAAUGUGACAAUCGCCUGGAGUAAUACUUAAGGGCUUCACUCAUAAUCAGCUAAUUGUUUGUGUCAAUCAAGGUUACAUAAAAAGAACUAAAGAUUCUGAGUAAGUUGUUUAUUUGCACUAUCCUCUAAUACGCGGACCACUAUGAAACUUUCGCAAAAUCGAUGGAAUUUAAUUGUGCAUGCAUCCUGUAUAAAGAGUUCUUCGCAUCUCGUCGAACUUCAAAGUUACAGCAAACAUCGGUAUAUAUUAAAAUUUAUACAAAUAAUAGCAAAUUUCGCGCCCUGUAUAAUAAUAACCUGAAACUCUCUCUCUCGACACAGUUUACGAUACUGUUCAAAUAAAAUU